AAGCUUGAAUUAUUGAUGGGAGCAAUGGCGUUGCCGUCUGUCUGGAGUGUGGCGCGUGUGGCAAUCCCGUUCGUCCUGGUGGUUGGGCUGCUGAGCAUCAGGCUUGUGGGGGCCGCCCAGGACUCUGGGAGCAUCAUUCCUGCCGAAAGUCGUCCCUGCGUUGAUUGCCAUGCGUUUGAGUUCAUGCAGAGGGCGUUGCAGGAUUUGAAGAAGACAGCGUAUAAUCUAGACACACGGACAGAAACCCUCCUCCUGAGAGUCGAAAAGAGAGGCCUGUGUGAUUGCUUUCAUGCAAUGCACUGA